AUGCUAGCAGCAGCCGACAUGACAGACAUAGACAGCACACAACAGACCACUCGUGCGUUCUCCCACACCACCAACAAGUGUCAUAUCCCUUUGGUGUUCAGCGAAGAUUUCAGUCACGAAGCAUUGGAACUGUUUGCCUUCCCCCCCGACAUGAUCCAGCAAUUGGAAUGUGGGACCAAGUUUUAUAUUAAAGGAAAUGCAGAGGAGGAUGCUGUAUUGUGCACGCUCAGUGAGACGUUUAUGCUGCGAUCGGCGGAUACAUCUAACUCACUGCUGGUGAGUGAGCGGAUGAAUGCCAGCGAAGAGUCAGUUGUACCUGGAGAUACAAAGGCGGGUAUGGUUAUAUCGAAGGAUAAAAAAGGCGGUGCAAGCGAUCCAAAGGAUGAUAGAAGUAUAGAGACAGACCCAACGGGUGGUACAAAAACAGAUACCACCGAUAACAGUCAUGGUAAUAAACGAGCGAGAGAGGCUAUGCCAUCUGAAGCAGCUUUCUGGGCGAGCCAAAGCCAGAGACCACGUGCCAAGGAAAUGAUCAAGGUGCACGCUAUUGCCAAGACAUGCUACGAACUCAAAAAGACCCGACCAAGAAUAGAACGACUACCCCAAUUACUACACGAAUGUCCGUACAGUGGCGAAGGUGACGAUGCAGAGAGAGUCGGCCAGACCAAAUACAGCCGCGAUGAAGUGCUCGCCAGGGUGCAAGCCAGUGAGGUAGAGCUGGACGCUGCCAUUGCAAGCGAAAAGAUCAUCCUGUUUCGAGCCGACGAAAUUCUCACUGCGGUCGGCGAGACGAUGGACUACGACGAAUUCAUGGAGGCGUGGGAUGGGACGCUCACCAGCCCAAUGACAAGUAACGAACAGCUGCUCAGGGGUCUGGCUUUGGUGAAGACUGACUCGUUCAAUAAGACGAUUAUCAAAUUAGAUGCCAAUUCAUUCUCGUUCGAUCCCGCGACCCGAUUCCAGCAGCUAUUUGCGGUGCAGAAGGAGUGGACAUUAGAUAGCAUCAUGCCCUAUGUAACGCCACUAUGCUCACCGGGGGAAAGACCGGCAACGAUACUGGCCAAGUACUCUAGAUCCUCGAUUCACCCCAUAACAAAACUCAAAUCAUACAAUUCUCGAUACGGUGUCAAAUAAAAGUACAGGAACUACGUCUGGAUACCUAAUUAAAAAGGUCUAUCGUAUCAAAGGAUCACAGAGACCUACAUGUAGAUACAUGCAAAACUCAUGGACCAGAUAAAAC